AUGGCUACUCUGCAAACAGCCAAGAAGGAACUACGCAAAAAGCUUCGGAGAAUACUCUCAGAAGUAUCCAAAGAGUCCGUAAUGGCACAAUCAUCGAUCGUCACGACAAAUCUACUGGCACUCCCUGAAUACCACGCAGCCAAAAGGCUCAGUGUCUAUCUCUCAAUGCCCUCUGGUGAAAUCUCAACAAUCGAAAUUGUUCGUGAUGCUUUUAGCCGAGGCAAGCAAGUAUACGUCCCUUAUCUCUACCAAUCGGACCCAGCCGCAGCGGCAACACAGGGUCGUUCCUCGGUCAUGGAAAUGCUAGCGCUACGCUCUCUUGAAGACUAUGAAUCCCUACAAGCCGAUAGAUGGGGUAUCCCGACACUAGAUGCGGAUACAAUUGGCAGUCGGAGGAAUUGUUUGGGUGGGUACGGUAUCCCCGCUGGAGUAACCACUCAAUCAGGUAGCACGAUGACAGAAUCAGAGUCACCCGCAACCGUCAACGAAAGUUCAGGAUUGGAUUUGGUUGUUAUGCCCGGGCUAGCUUUUGACGAACAGUUGCAAAGAUUGGGACACGGCAAGGGGUAUUAUGACCAUUUCAUCAAUCGAUUGAUGGGUAAUAAGCAAAAUGGUGGAGAAGAAAAUAAAGCAGGCAUGCGGAAACCACAUCUCGGUAAGGAAGCUAUCCAACUCAACAGGAAAUGA